AUGUUUUUUAGUAACAGAAAUACUCGAGCUAACCACUUAAAACUGACCCCUAAAAAACUUGCCGAAUGGAGUAAACAGCAAAAUGCGGAUACCGUUCACGGAACUGAAUCUGAAAGCAGCUUGGGUACUUUGCCCAUUUUCUUUAAAGUUCCUGAAUCUACUAAUAAUGAGAAAAAAGAAGAGCAUACACAAGCAAGCGAGAAAGGAAAAAAAGCUGAAAUUCACAGCAUUCAACAGAUAGAUACAAAUACUGAAGUUGCUCGAAAUUCAAGCUCUCAGAGUCUAUUUAUUCAAGAAAACUUGUCAAGUCGUCACCACCAGCAAAAUGGCAAUGUUGAUUUAUGGCAAUAUAAAGAUAAAUAUGGAAAUGAUGAACGUUUACGAGAUAGAAUCGAAGAGAAAGAUCAGCAAGAAUUAGAAGAAAUGACAUUCGAAGGCGCCGAAGAAGGAAUUGAUGCGUUGGAAUUGUUUGAUGCAACUCUUGAAAAACUGUAUGAAUUAGAAUUUGAAAAUAAACAUUCUCUUGACGUACUUGAAAAUUCUAUGACCAACAUGGAUCAAGAAAUUCUACAAAUGAGAGUUAGGAUCGCUGACCUCACCAAUGAUUUUGCUAUAUCACCGCUCUUCGAAGAAGAAUUGAAAUUAUUAUUAGAUUUGAGCUAUGAAUGA